AUUCGUAUAGCUCACGAUCCUCAGUGACUUUAACUUGAGUUGUAAACCAAAGUCUUCGAAUAACGUUUUCCUCUGUAAACUGCACAACAAAUCAAGCCGCAAAAAGGGUAGAGACAGAGUGAAGAAAAGACUGUUUCUUGGUGCAAUGGUGGUGGGCUGGGAGAAUGUUGGGGAGGUGACAACGGCUUGAGGUUUUGAAAGGGAGAGAAUGGGGUCUGUGGGUGGAGGUGGGGCCAAUGGUGGUAGUGGGGGUGGCAGCGGUGCGCGGGGAGGCCGGAUUCUGGCUUCUGGCUUGGUCUUCUGUGUUGUGUGUUUUGUGCUGUACGGUUUAAUCGCAGUUCUGUACGCGUGGGUGGUGUUGAGACCGUUCUCCUCCACCUCCUAUGCCAGAGCCGGGCUGCCCUGGCUCGGUUGCCAAGAGGACAAUGAGGGCUCUUGGGCUAUUGGUGUUUACUAUGGGGAUUCUCCAUUUUCCCUCAAACCCAUUGAAAUUGAGAAUGUGUGGAGUAAUGAAAGUGCAGCCUGGCCAAUAGCUAAUCCGGUUAUAACCUGUGCUUCAGCUUCAGAUUCUGGAUUUCCAAGUAACUUUGUUGCAGAUCCUACUCUUUAUAUUCAGGGCGAUACCUUUUACGUCUUCUUUGAAACCAAGAAUUCAUUCACCAUGCAAGGGGAUAUUGGAGUUGCUAAAAGUACUGAUAAAGGGGCAACAUGGCAACAACUGGGAAUUGCCUUGGAUGAGGAGUGGCAUCUCUCUUAUCCUUAUGUCUUUGACCACCUUGGCCAAAUAUAUAUGAUGCCAGAGAGCAGUGGGAAAGGUGAACUCCGUCUUUAUCGAGCAAUUGACUUUCCCUUACACUGGAAGCUAGAGAAAGUCAUCAUGAAAAAGCCAUUUGUUGACUCCUUCAUCAUUAAUCAUGAUGGAGAAUAUUGGCUUUUUGGCUCAGAUCAUAGCAGUUUUGGAUCGCAGAAGAAUGGACAGCUGGAAAUCUGGUAUAGCAGCUCACCUCUAGGAACUUGGAAACCACACAAGAAGAACCCUAUUCAUAAUGCUGACAAAAGCUUGGGGGCUCGAAACGGUGGCAGACCUUUUAUUUAUAACGGCAAUAUAUAUCGGGUUGGUCAAGAUUGUGGUGAAACAUAUGGGAGACGUGUCCGCAUCUUCAAGGUGGAAGUUCUUACGAAGCACGAAUACAAGGAAGUUGAAGUCCCAUUCAUAUUGGAAGAGCCUAGUAAGGGUCGGAAUGCCUGGAAUGGAGCUCGGUACCAUCACCUCGAUGUACAGCAGCUAAGUUCUGGUCAAUGGAUUGGGGUUAUGGAUGGAGACCGAGUUCCUUCAGGAGACAUAGUCCAUCGUAAUAUUCUUGGCUGUGCUUCUGUUGCAGCUGUCGCUGGCAUUGUUGUGUUAUUUGGUGUUCUAUUGGGAGCCGUGAACUGCCUUAUCCCCCUCAACUGGUGUGCUAAUUACUCAGGCAAGAGAAGUGAUACUCUUUUGGUGUGGGAGAGGGCAGAUUUGUUUUCUUUAAAGUUAAGACGAUUCUGCAGCCGCUUGAAUAGAAUACCAUCAUUUCUUCGAGGCAGGAUAAAACCAAAUACCUAUGCAGGAAGAUUUGUUUUGGCUUUGAUAUUUGCGUUUGGGGUAGCACUUAUGUGCACAGGGGUUAACAAAUUCUAUGGAGGCAAUGGUGCAGAUGAACCUUACCCCUGGAGGGGUCACUUCUCUCAAUUUACACUGUUAACAAUGACAUAUGAUGCUCGUCUGUGGAAUUUGAAAAUGUACGUGAAGCAUUACUCAAGGUGUGCCUCUGUAAAAGAGAUUGUUGUGGUUUGGAACAAAGGUACUCCCCCUAAGUUGAGUGACCUGGACUCAGCAGUGCCGGUUAGGAUUAGAGAGGAGGAUAAAAACUCACUUAAUAAUCGAUUCAAGGUGGAUCCACACAUAAAGACCCGUGCGGUGCUUGAACUUGAUGAUGAUAUUAUGAUGAGUUGUGACGAUAUUGAACGGGGAUUCAAGGUAUGGCGUCAACAUCCAGAUAGGAUUGUAGGCUUUUACCCCCGGUAUGUUGAUGCAAAAGCAUUGAAGUACAGUGCCGAGAAAUAUGCCAGAAAUCAUAGAGGGUAUAACAUGAUUCUUACUGGGGCAGCAUUCAUUGACAGUCAAAUAGCUUUCAUGAGGUACUGGAGCGAAGAGGCCAAGGCAGGGCGGGACCUGGUAGACGGGUAUUUCAACUGUGAGGAUGUGCUAUUGAAUUUCUUAUAUGCAAAUGCAAGCUCAUCUAAAACAGUAGAAUACGUGAAACCUGCGUGGACAAUAGACACAUCGAAGUUUUCAGGUACGGCAAUCAGCCGUGAUACAGGAGCUCAUUUCCAAACAAGAAGCGACUGCCUUGUGAAAUUCACGGCCAUGUAUGGAGGUCCUAGUGACCGGAAGUGGGAAUUCGACGGGCGCAGGGACGGUUGGGAUGUUUAGGGAAAACAAAAAAAAAAAAAAUAAUACUAGCUUUUAGCAGCUAAAUUAGAUGUGUUCUGUUUUUUGUUCAUCCUAGUUAAGUUUCUUAUAUCCCCCUCUUGUUGUGAAUUGCUAAUUUUGGUUUGGGGAAAAACUUAUGUUUGAAAACAUUCGAUGUUAAGUUGCACAUUCAUGUUAUUAUUUUCUUAUAAAGGAUCUUCCAUUGUGCAUUUAUUUAGUCCAUCCAUAUAUCCAAGAAGAAGAAGAAGAAGAAGAAGAAGAAAGGUCCAAGUCUCCAAGGAGCCCUUGGACAACAAACAGAAAACGGGCCGUCUUUUAUGCUUCUAGUGACGCCCACAAAGAUUGUAGCACGUAAAGUGGGUCGGCCCAUGUCUCUCUACUAAAAAUGUAUUUUUUUA